AUGGAUCAGGAAACAGCACAAGUUUUAUUUAAUCAAGGUGCUUUCUUGUUGUUUCUGAAUGCACCUGAAGGGUUGGAGUUUGGAAUAGAUUAUAAUUCAUGGCAAAUAGGACCAAGAUUUAAAGGCGUAGUGAUCAAAUAUUGGGACCCUUCUAUAGAAGAUUUAAAGAAAAGUGAAGACACAGAUUCGGAACAAAAUGAACGUUUAAAAUCAGACAUGCGUCAAUUUGAUAAAUUUCUUGGCACAUAUCCAUUAACGCCGCCAACAGAUUGGAAAAAAUGGGUUAAUCUAACAAAUUAUAUAACUCCUUUGCUGAUUUCUCGUAUAUUACCUAAUGAAGGAAGGAUGAAUAACGUUUCAUCGUCAACAGUAGAUGAAGAUGAAUUAUUAAACAUUGGGGGAUCGUCAAAAUUUCAAGAUGAUAUUAUUCUUUUUACAAAAUUUAACUUAACAAAAAGUUGGAGAACUGGUGCUGUUGGGCAAGAG